AUGAUGAAAAUGUUUUAGACGCAACUAUCCUCAGCAAACAACCGCCUCUGAGCGUCGAAGCCGUCGGGAGGAUUAUUAUUGUUAUUUUUUCCUGCGUCGACAUCUGGAGAAAAAAAAAAACUUGAAGAUUAGGACGCAUUGUUAACUUGCUGAAAACUUUUUUUUUUAGUGUGUGUGUGUGUUACUUGACGCAAAUCACGCUUUCACUUAUUUUCUUUUCCCUCCCAGCGUCUCAGGAAAGCUUUUUGGAGGAAGGAAGGAUGGGGGAAUAAGUCAGACUUGAAGCAGGGGAGUUGUCAUGUUUAAAAGCGCUGAGGGCUGAGGGAAAGGGAGGAUCUUAUUCCGCUGUGUGUGUCCCAACAAGACGGCUGUCUCAUGUCCAAGGAGACCGUCCUUCCUCCGGAUGGGCCGACGGGGCCAGGGAAGGGCCCUCACCAAGAGACAAGUCCUCUGCUGCCAACCUCAAACGAUGCCUGUGAUAGUGAAUCAUCAGGAAGAACAUCGUCUCCCAGGGAACCAUCCACGGAAGGGCAGAGUCACGUGACCGAGGAGAAGCCUAAUUAUUGUGAGCCUGUAAGAACUCAGCCUCAAGCUACAUCUCAGCCAGCGGCCUCGGAGCCUGGCGAGGGAGACGCUGCCGGUGCCAGGGACCAAAAUGGCCUUCGACACAGCAGCGCUGGCAUGCCGCCGCUGAGUAACAGCAACGGAAUCCACCCUGGCGUGGGCAGGGCCGGGGCCACGCGCACAUGCUCCUGUGGUGCCAGCAUCAGCGCGGGUGCCAUGGGCGGGACGGACCCCGGCACGAGGACAGCGGCGACGACCACGACGGCGACGGCGACAGAGCAGCCCAGGAAGCAUCCGUCCACGCCCGUGUCGCAGAAGAUGCAGAGGAAGCUGAGGUCCAGCUUGUCGGUCAACAGCGACAGCAGCCGGCGCAGCAAAGGCAGCUCCACAGGGUCGCAGAAACCUCCUUUACCAGAGGACUGCUGCGUCCACUGCAUCCUGGCCUGCCUGUUCUGUGAGUUCCUGACACUUUGCAACAUGGUGGUGGCUCAGGCGUCAUGCGGCACCUGCACAUCGGAGGCCUGCUGCUGCUGCUGCUGCGCAGACGACAUGGGCGACGACUGCAACUGCCCCUGCGACAUGGACUGUGGCAUCAUGGACGCCUGCUGCGAGUCCUCUGAUUGUCUGGAAAUCUGUAUGGAGUGCUGCGGCAUCUGCUUCCCCACAUAGGGAGGCCCCUGCUGGGGUGGGACUGGGUGGCUCUGCUGGGGUGGGGACUGGACCCACGAUGAAAACACGUAUGGUCACUGAGAGAGGCAGUGUGUGUGUUUGGCUAUGUUGAAUGAUUGUUGAGUGUGUGCAUGGGUGUUGAGUAACUGGUGGAGUGUGUGUAUGUGUGUGUGUGUGUGUGUUCAGUAAGCCUACUCAGAAAGAUCUGUUUAGAUACUGAGCCUUCUCCACCAAAACCGGCUUAGCAGGGGCCAGAAUAAACUCCAGAUACGCUCUAGUUUUAAAACUCAACGUAUAAACUUCUUAUGGACUCAAGUAAGUCUUAAAUGUUAGUUUUUCAUGUUGACAAGCAUUUUAACCGUUGCUUAAAAAGUAUUAUCAUAGACUGCCUUACAGAUGAUUUUGUUGUUACUAUGUCAGGAAUAUGGUUCAACUGAUAUCUUGUCUUGCCCUGUCUUUACUUUAAGCAGUAUUUUGCAUACACUAAACAACAUGAUUGCAUUUAUUCUUUUUUUUUUUUUUUUAUUGUCAUUGCAGUUGUUUCAUUGAUGCUCAUAAAAAAAAUGAAGUCGCAGUUUUAGUCAGUACUGUGUGACACUGUAAAAGGUUAUGUGACAGUUCAAAAAUUCUACGUUGCAUACUGUAGUUCUGCAACACAGGUUUUCAUUUUCGCACCAUCUACUGUAGCUUUGUAGAACUGCAAAAAACAAAACGAAAAGUGAACCAAAAGAAAGGGAACAAAGUGUGAAACGGGAAAAAAAAUCACAGUGUUAAUAUUGUCUACUUUCUGGAACCAAAGAUUAGCUAAAAGAGAGAACUUUUCUGGGAACAUAACAUUGCUUUUCUAUUUCAAGGGUUUCUUGAAGUUCAAGUGGCCUUUUAUUCGGCAAAACUGCACAAAUUGCUGAUGAGCUGAUAAUUAUUUGCAAAGUUUGUUACUCAAUGCUGGAAAACGUCUACAGCCAAAGAAUCUCAUCUCGCUUUUCAUGAUUUGAUGUAUUUGAAGCCUUGGAUUUACUGGAAAUACAAUGCAGAUGCUGACUUUCUUUAAUUCAAUGGGCUCUGGCUAGCACACUACACAUGUUAAGAAGUAAAAUGUGCGGAGCUUAUUCCUUUAUUCCAAUGACAGUCCUAUAGUAUUAACCAUCGAUGAUUAGACUUUGUCAAUUGCGUAUGGUACAGGUCUUCUCUGUGAUGUUGCUUUACAUACAAUGUAUCUUUGAUACUGUGUAAGUAUGACUUGUUGAACUGCACUCUUUCAAGAAGGCCGUGAUAAGGAAUUAAAAUAUGGUGACCCUGGUUACUAUGUAAGCGGCUUUCGGGUAUCAAGCCCACUGACUCACAAUACAAAAAGGAAUCAUGAACUGUCGAGUUGAAAUGGUAAACUAAUGCAGGGUAAAGGCAGUUUUCUUCUCCUUUUUUUCCCCUCCGUUCCUUAAUUCUGUGUAUCUCAAGAUGAGUUUGUGGUGAAUCACCAGUGGAGUCAUUUUCUUGUCUCGGAGAUUUGCUUUGAUGUUGUUUAAGUGAUGCUACUUAAUGCUGGCCCUCAUUAGCACUGCUUGCUAAAUGGUAACAAAAAAAAAAAAAAAAACGGCCCUUCCUCACGCCAACCAAGAUAAUGUGCUGUCAAGUGCAGCUCCUCUUAAUGGCGGAUUGUUAUUGUGUGUAAAAGAGGUUGGAUCGGCACCUCUGCGGCAGAUAAUGUGUAUGAAAUUAAACCUCGUUCUCAUGUUUAUGAUUAACUCCGGCCACAAGUUGGUUGCCGGCUAAAGAGUGCAAGGAAAACACUAUAUAGAUAAUGUGAAGAAUUACCCAAAAGAAACAGUGUAUACAUGUAGCUACUUGUCCUUCUAGACUGUACUCUGAUGGUUUUGAUUUUUUUUUUUUUUUUUAUUCUAUGCCUCACACUUGAUCCUCUUAUUCUCAUCAUGGUGCAUCCUUUCUCUACCUUGAGUCUGCAACUCAUUUUGUCAGUUGUAUAUUAUCUCUGAUCUCAAAUCAAUCAUUUUUUGAAAAUAAAACAUUAUCAAGAUGUAAUGAA